AUGCGAGUCGACCACUACCAAUACCUGGUUGACAGGGGCUGGAGGAGAUCAGGCUCACUCUAUUACAAACCUGAUCUCCGGCGGUCAUGUUGUCCCCACUACACCCUACGUCUGAAGGCGUCAGAAUUCCAGGCCAAGAAAGACCAACGACGGGCGAUCAACCGAUGGAAUGACUUCGUGCUCGGCCCAGAGUACAGAAGAAAAGCUGCCAUGCUGUGCCCACAAUCGCGAGAGCAAGUCAGAACCAUCUGGGACAAAUUUGACCUGUCUACCGCGGUCCACAAAGCGGAAUAUGACAAUGUUAAGCGUCCAAUGAGCAAAAAGACUGGCGUUCCGAUCGAACCUGCUCAUAAUUUCGAAGUCAAUCUUGAAGGCGAUAAUUUCACUGAGGAGAAAUACGAUAUCUUCCUAAAAUAUCAGUUGCAAAUACACAAAGACCCUGCCUCCCGAUGGAAAGAGCCUGACUUCAAGCGGUUUCUUUGCACUGGUCUUGACCGGAAGAUUCUCAAGAUUGGUGGCCAGACACUGAAACUAGGUUCGUACCACCAGUGCUAUCGCCUCGACGGGAGGCUGGUUGCUGUGGGAGUGCUCGAUCUUUUGCCGCAUGCUGUCAGCUCAGUUUAUCUGUUCUAUGAUCCUGAAUACGAGCAUUGGGACCUUGGAAAGAUGAGUGCUCUUCGAGAGAUAUCGCUUGCAGUAGAGGCCGGUUAUGAAUACUAUUACAUGGCAGGCUACUACAUCCACUCGUGCAACAAGAUGCGAUACAAAGCCACAUUCGAUCCGACCUAUAUACUGGACCCAGAAAGCUUUGAAUGGAAUCCUUUCGAUGACGAGUACCGCCAGGAGUUGGACAAAAGAAAAUACUUCUCUCCUUCUCAUGAUCGAACACAAGGAGUAGAUGCCGCAGAGAGUAUUACACAACAAGCAGUAGCGACAGCAAGCUCGGACCACAGCACUGCCACUAAAACCACAAAGGAGAGAGGAAGAAUGUUCGACGAUGAACAAGACCUAGAAUUUGAUGAAGCGCCGAGCGAUGAAGAAGACGCAGAAAUACCCGAGGGGUCCUUGUUUGAUUACGAGAUACCCGGUGUGCUGACGAAAGAUGAGGUGAACCGUCUUGAUCUCGACCACUGGCGUCUCCUCGUCGGGAAUACGUUGAUUGAAUUAGAGGAUCUUCGAGACUGGGAAACUUGGAAAAUAGACGACCCCGAUACCGUGAAAGGCAUGGCUGCAGAACUCGCUGCGGUUGCGGGACCAAAGCUACUUCAAAACAGUGCGCUGGCGAUAUUCUGA